UAACCGCCGCCCUGGUUCAAAAACCUACCUGAGUUAUUGAAGUCAAAUUGGCAUUGCCGCCAUUUAUCAGCUGCGAAGAGGAGGUGACGGUAGAGAAAUGAAGAAAGCGUUAAUGGCUUACGCGGAGGUGCUCCGGCUGGUGAAGAGACUUCCAGAGGACACAAGGCCUUACUAUGCCAAAUACGCUCGGGAGAACUUUGUCAACUACAGAGAAAUCGACGCCGAAGAUUCUGUCACUCUCCGCGAUCUCCUUCAACGCACUUACAAUCAUUCAAUCUGGGUCUUGAAGAAGUAUUCUGUGGACCAAUCGACGGCAAAUAGGCUGAAGGAGAUCUGUUCUGCUUGAUUGGUUUAUCCACGCCCACAAGGUGUUUGCUGAUAUUCUCCACAGAGGCAAGUUUGGAGUUUAUUCUUGUUUUUUCUCGUGCUGGUACUAAUUUUGCACCCCCUUUGUCUUUCUAUUCAACCUUUUUAGAGAGCAUGUCUUUUAUGCCCAAAUAACGUGAGCAAAAUGUGCUUGUCUUGUCUGCUCAAGAUCUUUCCCUUGUUACAAAUUACAAUGCCUUCUGUUUGGCACCAGUACAUUUUAGUGUUCCUUCCUAUAUAUUUUCAGCUCAACACUAAUACUUUCGGGCUAAAAACCAGUCCCUAUGACUUUUCAAAACAUUGUACUCAAUUUGAAGUGUUACAAAGUCGUUUGUACUUUCUAGCAUAGAGCAUUAAUUUUGAGUAAAAAAGUGACAAGUUU